UGCUGCAGUCAGUUUCAUUUGACUGGUCUGCGCGUGAGGUCCAGCCCCGGGAAGAUGCAGGAAGUUCCGCCCGGAGCUCCAGAGAUGUCCCGGAAAAGAAGCGCCGAGCCCGGUCCGCUACCAGAGCAGGUCCCGGAGAGGAAAAAGGCCUGCUGGGGCAUUCUGACGAGCCAAGGGUCCUGGGCAGAUCGCUCCCCUCUUCAUGAAGCAGCUUCUCAGGGUCGACUGCUUGCCCUGCGCACUCUGCUGGCCCAGGGAUAUCAUGCCAACAUUGUCACUAUCGAUCAUGUGACCCCUCUCCAUGAAGCCUGCCUGUCAGGACAUGUGGCCUGUGUCAGAGCAUUAAUAAAUGCUGGAGCUAAUGUGAAUGCUGCCACCAUCGAUGGUGUCACUCCUCUCUACAACUGUUGUGCCUCUGGGAGUGUUGGUUGUGUGGAACUGCUGCUGCAGAAUGGAGCACACACACAAACACCCCACACACACUUCCCCUCGGCUCUGCACGAAGCCUGCAAGAGAGGUAAUAGCCAGUGUGUGGAAUCCCUGCUGAGCCAUGGAGCAGAUCCAGACUAUGAAGUGUCCCACUUGGGCACUCCUCUCUACAUGAGCUGUCUAUACCGACACAUGGCCUGCUCAAAGAUCCUGCUGCACAGAGGAGCCAAUGUUAAUUUAGGCAGAGGAGGUGACAGUCCUUUGCAUGCCACUGUCAGACAGGACAGUGCAGAUCAGGUGUCAGUUUUACUCGACUAUGGAGCUAACGUCAACAUCAGAGACGAUAACAAUCAGCGACCUGUGGAGCUAGCGCCUGCAGGUGGAAAAACACAACAGCUGCUCCAGACAUUUGAAGUUUCUCCGAGGAGUCUCUGCCAGUUCUGUCGACUCCAGAUCAGGAACCUGAUUGGUCGAUCCAGACUGAAGCUGCUCCCCCUCCUUCCUCUCCCUCACCUACUCACUGACUACCUGAAGCAUGUAUAGGACGAUGGGCAAACACGCAGCAAGAAAGGGAAAGCAACUACAACUCAGAUGACAUUUCUUUAACAUUAAAAAUGGUGGUGCGCCAAGCCCCUUAUUAACCACAUUUUUAUUUCAACACUCAUCACAAUGUUUUAAACUGUACGGUUGAGUUUGGCUACUACAACGUCAUAACAUCCAAAUACGCUGAAGAUUUACUCUGCUGCCGCCUGCUGUACUCGGGGAACAUAAUUGGUUUAGUUUAAAUGUUUAUUCAGUAGGAAUUGUUUUUUCUCCCUGACAGAUGAUUGUGACUGAUGGUGUUCCACACUUGUUUCCAUAUGUUGGUUAAUCACAAUAAGUCAUUUUGUAAAUAUUGGGAUAUAUUUCCCAUUGACAAGUGCUUACCUCCAGGUGUCUGCAUGUACUUGUAAAUAGCAAUAAAUGAUCCCACACUGACCU